AUGCAAGAUGUUCAAUCCAAUAAUACUUCUGACAUUUGGCUAGAUGAACCAUCAGAUAAUGUUGGAAACGGAAAUGAUAUAAGUGUAGAAGCGCAUAAAGGGAAUGUGAAAUCAGAAAAUAUUUCUUCAAUACAUAAACCACCUACAAACGAAGAAAUCCAAGGAUUAAAAGAGACAUCGGACUUGUAUAAGUCUAAUCUAUUUAAACUUCAAAUCGAUGAACUUUUAUCGGAAGUUAGUAUCGAUUUUUCUAAAACUGCAAGUUUAGAAAAUACAUUACAUAAGCUAAAAGAAAUAUUUGAAAAUAUUAAUGACAAACCUGACCUUUCAAUCGCAGAAGUAAAAUCUAUGUUAUUGAAAAAACACGGUAUAACCAUCCCAUUUCCGGAUCCUCAACCUUCUGAUGAUGUAAAAUACCAAUUUGGAUUUAAAAAGCCGGCAGCCUUUUACUUGGUCGGUAGUUAUCCAUUGAAAAGCGUUGUGCGUAAUUUUUCUGCUCUCAAUUUUGUUAUUCGGAUAUUACCUUGCAUUCCAAUGGAUGUAUUUUCACCUCAACGUCUUUCACCAUCUCGAAAUAAUAUUCGUCCCCAACAUUUCCAGAAUUUAGGUCAAAUCCCACAACAACAAUCAAUAGACUCGCUUCCACCAACACCGCAAUACAAUUCUGCUAUCUUAAAGGACAUGCAUUGUGUUUCUCACCUAAACUUGUUGUAUAAAAAUUCCAAAGAUUGUCCUGCAUUUAAUGAUGCAUGUAAACUAGCAAAGGUGUGGCUUCAUCAAAGAGGCAUAGGCGGUGACGAAGAUGGCUGGAGAAAGAAAUUGGCCAAUGGGUAUAGUUCUUAUCAAUUGGUUAAGGGAACUAUGGAUUUUUUAGCUAGGAUUGCAAUGGAAUAUUUUAAUGAAAACGAAGCGGAUAGAUUUGAAGCAUUAUUUUUGCAAAAAGUGAAUGAUACUAAACUAAGAUAUGAUAAUGUUGCAAA